AAUAUUAUUUCAACAAUACUAAACUUGUUCUCAAAGUAGAAGAUUAGUAAUGUAACACACUGAAGAAUUUUUUACGACAUAACUGCAAAUUUCAACUUAUUUGAAACAGAUGAACAGCGAGCAGCAUGUUAUGUUAGUGAUCUGAGUUUCAUUAUCCAAGAAUAAAUCAUAUUGCAAAAACUUGGGAUAGUUGAUGAGCACCAUCAUAUUGCCCCCGCAGCCAAAAGAGUAAUAAAUCAGCUGUUAGUUAGGGGUCAAAUCUGAAGGCAAACUAUUGGUGGUUCCUCAUCCAAUACAAAUGCUGAAGAGGACAAACCAGUUCCAACAGCCCCUAUGUAAAUAUUGUUUACUACAAAUUGAGGUGUCAGUAAUGCAACCAGGAAACAACUAUUGGAGUUAAAAAUAAGUAUACCAUGAAAAGUCCCCAGAGGAUUCUUUGACUUCAGAUAAUCCCGAGAAUUUUUGCUGUUGAAUUGAUUGAUUUAUUUUUUUUUUAUAUCCUGUCAAUUGAGACCCUUUUUUUAUUUGUUAUUGAAGCAACUGUUAUGUUCCAAUUCAGUCUAGAUGCUCCAUAACAUUUUUUGGGCUAGCAUAGUUUUUGAUCGGAACAUCUUAACACCCACUAUUAACAACUGCAUUUUUAGCAGUGGGUCCAUGAUUCAUAUUUUAAAAUUGAGAUUUGUCUUCUGUAAGGGGCAGAAAGAGCGCCAAACUUGAGGCAGACUUGUUAGGUGGAAUGAUAAAAAGAUUCCUGUGGUUCAGUUUGUAUUGACUUAAAUUUCAUCGGUCAUUGUUUUCGCCAAAAGGUUUUGCCAUGUCAUCAUUUUCAGAAUGCUUAGUUCCUCUCCUUCUGAGUGUAGACUUUAAAACUGAAAGGUAUGGAAGCUACCUACGUCCUAAAAAGUAACUUGGGUCCAGGGAAACAAAAUGACUAAAGAAAUCAUGUUGGUUAUAUUUUUAGUAGUGAACCUUUCAAAUUGGCUAGAAACUGAACUGAAUGCCUGGACUUCAAAAUAUGGAAGAUGCAAAUGUGAUGGUACAACUGCUUGAAAGUUAUUAAUCAGUGGUUAUUAUUACCAUCUGGUAUCCAGCAAUUAAACCUAACAUAUCUAUUUUAAGUAUGACGAGAAAUGAAAAUAGUUUAAUGUUUGAACUAUGGACGUAGUACUUCAGUCUGUUUGGUAGGUACUUAUAAGGCGUUUCUGGUUUAUGGCUUCAACAGUGGAACAUGACUUAAAUUGUGGUGCAUCUACUGAUGUCAGCAUGAAUUAAAUCUGCCAAAAAGAUGAGCUGUUAGUAAGAAAGUACAUUAUGUCCAUUGCAUGCUCCAACUUAGUUGGACAUGUUGAAAUGCACAGAUUUCUGGUAAGUUACUCCAGUUCCCAGUCUUUUUUAUCUAAUUUGUUUGACCAACAUUUUUACCUUCAUUUCUGGUAUUUUAAGAGAAAAAUAGGAAAGAUCAUAAAAGGGCACCAAGCAGAUUCCACCCAUGUACAUAACUAUUUUUUUUUAGAUAAAGGAGAGUGCAAUAUUAAAGAGGCUCUAAAGGGAUGCAACAUGUAUAAAAAAUUCACAACUCUCUCACAGAGAAGAGACCAAACAGACCAACAAGAGCAAAUUUGUCUAGAAGGGGAUGGCCUUUAGACAAAAUUACAUGGGCCUUAAGCCGAUCCUCUUGAAUGAAGGCAAAUGAGAAUGUGAUACUCUCGAAGGUUCUAUUGUUCCUCUAUUCCUAAGUGACCCAAAAGGUAGAGGAAUAAGGGAUGAAGAUAUGCCGAACUGAUUGGCCAUCACAAUAAACUACAGUUCUGCUCUUCACUUUUACCGUAUAUGCCAGAGAAAAGCCAUCAAAACUUUGUGACCUUACUAAGGAAUUCUUAGGAGACUAACACUUUGCCUUUAAUGUCCUUCACAAAUUAGAGCCUGCUGUCUUUCAACAUGAUCAAGAUGCCACCAGCCACCCCUUUUUGCAUGGAAGAUCAAACAACCUAACAUCAUUCACAGCCCACAUUGAUUUAUUAAUUUCAUGACCGGACAAAAUCGAUUCUCCCAGAACCUCUUUCCCCCUUACUCCAUGAUAAGGCUGCAUGUUGUGUACACGGCCGAGAAUUUUCUCCACCACCAAUCUGCACCUUUGCCCUUAAGGGAUAUCAUUAUUCUUCUACAAUUCUUUUCUGUUCCCAGAGCUGCAAGAAUCUUCCUCUAUCAUUCCUACCCAGAGACAAGGUCAGGAGUCGAUCUUCUGUCUUUUGUCUUUGACUUCAGAAGUUCACAAAAUUCCCUGAAGAACCAAUGUAUUUCUAGGUUAAAAGAAAAAGGCUGUGAAAUCUUCAAAACCAUUUUCUGUGAUGCCAAGGAUACCCAAUUUAUCCUCAAGCAGGAUGUCGGACGAUUUCCAUUCAAUAACUGGGAGUUUUUUUUUGUUGUUGCUGGCAGCAUAACUGCUACCAAGAACUAGGCUGGCUGCAGCAGGGGAUCAGAUGAGUGAGAGGCUGUUAGAGUCUUUCUCUCUUGGAUGGAAAAUUUUUCAUUUGUUUUUCAUCUCUAACACAGUUAUCUAUUCUUAGGAAUCACACUCUUAAUAAUCCAAUUCUAAUUGGCAAUGCCACUCGCAAAAAUAGGAAUUGCAGUGGAGAUAGAAUAUACAUGGCCUCCUUUAAAUCUUCCCAUGAAGAAAAGUAUGACAGUUAAAACAAAGGAAACAAAACAUAACCUUUGGUCUCUGGAUUAGAAAAAUUAAAUAUAAUGCCCCACUAAUCAUUAUCUCCAGUGGUCUAGAAAAUGGCAUGAGGAAUACCAAUCGUAAGCUAGCAGCUCAUCAUGAAUGAACCCAUGUGUCAGCCACUUGAUGCCCAAAAGGUUAAUGGAGAAAUCCCAAAGCGUUCUCCACUCUAAGCACUUGAUGGUAUGGGAUCCUUAAACUCAAAGUGUGCAUUUAGUCAGUUUAUAAAACUCAGAACCGACCCCAUUCUUGUAGCCUGUUAAAAGCAUCAGCAAGCGGAACUAAUAAGAGGCAGAGCAGAGUAUAGAAUUGAUACACUUAACUGCUUCCUUGUUAUAAGGAUUAUAUCUUCCCCCAUUUAUUAUAUUGAUGCAUCAUGCUGAGCAACCACUUAGUAGAAGUCACAAGUAAAUAGGUGAGGUGCCACCUAUGGGGUUUCUCCAGCCAUUAGAAGUUUCAAACUAGAGUUGUUUGGAAGCUGUUUAAGUAUUCAAUAAAUUUUGAAACAAGAUAGUAGUUGUUUAUGUAUGCUUCUCUAUGCUGCUCGACUUUCCAAUAUCGUAUGCAUGGAACAAUUUUAGAAAAUAUGAAAUUUUUAAUGAAAUCACAUGAACAUACAUAGUUAAAUUGUUUCAUUUUGUUGACAGGUUUAUUUUUCUCCGGUUUACUCUUUUCCACAUUAAGAUGUUUUGCUAUGGGCUUGACUGUCACUUGGCACUUAAUAUACAGGAUAUAUGUUAUGCCGAAAAAUGAAGAAAGUUAGAUCCGACAGAGCUUCCUCAGAGACUUGGAAGGUUGCAGGCUUGGCUGUAGUCUGUGUUGUGUGCUUCACUUCUAGUGCUUUAAUAGACCUCCUAACUGAUAUUUCUGUGCUUUAUCACUGGAAUCAACUGAAAAGCAAUGGUCUUUAUACGUCUCUUUUACUGAUUUUAUACUAUUUUAUAGGUUCUUCACUACCCUCAGCAUUUGUAUUAUGGAUCAUGAGAGAAUUGCCACCCUUAGUAUUAGCUAACACACAAGAAGAAUCAAGAACGAUAACUUUCGUCAGUGAUAAUUCAGCAGUGGUACAUCGUCCUCGGCUCUGGACUACAGCUACCAGCUCACAAAAUCAGCUUUCUCACUCGUCUGUUAAGGGAUUAAGCAUGGAGUAGAUUUUGUAGGAGAAAAAAGGAAAAUGCCAUUGACCAAAGGUUAUAAUAAAGCAGGUGUCCAGAGG